AUGGCGGCGAUGGAAGAACAACCUACACCCGUUGAUAAAGAUCUGUUAAGAAGGUUAGACCGAUUUGAUGACUUUAUGAAAAAGAAUCAAGGGUUGAGUAGGCAUGGUGGUUUGGACUACGAUGAAUUGUGUCUUUUCCCAGAUAUUCAGCUACCGUUGGAAUUCAAAACCCCUAAAUUCAGUAAGUAUGAUGGAACUGGAAAUCCUAAGACGCACCUCAAGAUGUUUGCCAACAAGUUAGGUAAACUUAUGGAUGAUGAGAAUUUGCCUAUGCGUCUAUUUUCGAAAAGUUUGGAGGGAGAUGCUCUAGAUUGGUAUUCAAAUUUGAAAUCUAGAGAAGUCAAAACCUGGUUGGAUCUAUCAGCUGCUUUUGUAAAGCAGUAUGAAUUUAACUGUGAGUUGGCACCAACACGAACCACACUGGAGGGUACGAAAAGAAAGCCAUCGAAAGAUCACAAGACCUACGCAAAACUGUGGAGAAAGUUAGCUGCCAAAGUGGAGCCUUAUUUGACCGAGGAAGAGAUUGUUCGUACUUUCAUCAAGACUCACGAUCCACCCUAUUUUGAAGAGAUCUUCUGCAUGACUGGAAGUUCAUUUGCUGCUAUCAUUAACAAAUUGGAGGAGUAUGAUGAAUUUGUCAAAGCAGGGAAGAUUGUUAAUGUGUCUGCAUUAAAGUUGCAAUUGGAUAAUCUACAAAAUCAAAACAACAAUGGGAAAAAGCUCUCAUUCAAAAAGAAAGAAGGUGAUACUGCUUUUAUAUGGGAUCAAGGCCCGUCUUUCAGACUCAAAAACCAUCCCACCUAUUCUUUUCCUUACCCGUAUUACACCAAUCCUCAACUAGUUUACCACACUACUACCCAAUUCCAUCAUUCCCGACCAAAUCAUUUGAAUACCUCGCCCUUACCUCCAACUCCACAACCUGUCUUUCAAAAUCACUCUCGUCCCAUUUACCAUUCCAGACCAACAUUGCAAAACAAUAACCUUUCUCAAAAUUCUUUGCAAACCAGUGGAAUUCAAACUCAGAAACAAUUUCGAACAUUCACCAACUUGGACCGACCUAUUGAUCAGUUGUAUGAGCAAUUAAAAGCAGUUGGAAAAAUUGGCACUGUUCCUCCCAAAAUCUAUCCCAGAGGUCCUCCUACCGGUUAUGAUCCGCAUGCAAUUUGUGCUUAUCCUUCUGGAAGUCCAGGUCAUACCACUGGCAAUUGUUGGGCUUUAAAACAUAAGAUUCAUGACAUGAUUGAUUCUGAAGACAUCCUUCUCAGAAAAAAGGGAGAGCAGGGACCGAAUGUUAGUAAGAAUCCUCUACCUGAGCAUGGGAGUACUGUGGGGGUUAUCAUCGCUGAUGAAGAUUUUGUCGACCCCAGUCAGUACAUUGUAGAUGAAACUGAAGUGUUUGGCGUGAUGGAGACUGACCAUGCGGAGAUGAGGAAACUGCUGUCUGUUGAAGAGUCCAUAACUAAAGAUAAUGCUGAAGAAAAAUUAAAAUCUUUUGUGUUUGAAAAAGAGGAGCCAUUUAUGGUAGAAGGAGGGCCUUUCGAGGUUGACAAUUCUGAAGUUCCUUUUAUUUUGGAUCUUCCAUCUUUUGAAUGGGAUAUAUCAGAGCCUGCCAUUCUCGAAUUUUCAGAACAAAUGCCUGUCAAUAACUUGCAAGAGGUACCAUGGAACUACGAGGAGCCCAGUCUGUUAAUUGGCGGUAAAGAUUGCUUGAAGGAAGAUAUAUCUACUAUUACUAGGUCUGGGAAAAUUGUGGAAAACUCCGAUAUUGAUAUUCAAUCUAGGGCCAAGGUUAAAUCUCCGACACCCAUGCCUCGUGUGUCUGAAAAUGAAGCUAUAGAUUUUCUGAAGAUGCUGAAGAGAAGUGAAUACAAAAUAGUGGAGCAGUUGGAUAGGAUGCCUGCUCAGAUUUCUUUUCUGAAUCUUCUCUUGACUUCCGAGCUGCACAGAGAAGCAUUGCUCAAAAUUCUGAAUGAAGCUCAAGUCCCUAAAGAUAUUUCGGUGGAUAAAUUUUCUGACAUUGUGGGGGAUGUACUUGCUGCUAAUCAUAUUGCCUUCUCUGAUGAUGAUCUGACUGCAGAAGGGAUCGGGCAUAACAGAGUUUUGUAUAUAUCGGUCUGUUGCAAUGGAAAGCUGUUGCCGAGGGUCUUAGUGGAUAAUGGGUCAGCGUUGAAUAUCUGUCCAUGGAACACUCUUACCAAGCUUGGAUUUCUUGACAUUAAACUCCGUCCAUCUGCAACUGUGGUUAGAGGAUUUGAUGGUUCAAGGAGGGAAUCUAUGGGUGAAACAGACCUGGUAUUGGAGAUAGACCCUGCUCAAUUCCAAGUUACUUGCCAAGUGAUGGACUUCUCCAGCAUUUAUAAUAUUUUGCUUGGGAGACCUUGGAUACAUGCUUCCAAUUCAGUGCCAUCUUCUCUGCAUCAAAUGUUGAGGUUUAUUAUGAAUGAUCAGUUCAUUGCUGUGUUUGUUGAGGAUGACUGUACCAUGAUCGUUGAUGCAAAGUUUAAUGGUGAAAACAGAAAACGGACUCCAAUCUCGUCUCAUCACGUUGCUGACAUCGUCUCUGUGGGAUGGGCAUCCAGGGAUAAGUCGUUGACUCAAUCAAAUUUGCCAGAGGCCAGUAUUAUAAUGGCUAGGGAGAUGAUCCGAGGCGGAUACGAAAUAGGAAAGGGUCUUGGGCGGGAAUUACAAGGAAUUUUGGAGCCAAUAGAGAUCCCGACGCAGAAGGAUACAUUUGGAUUGGGAUUUCAUCCGACUGCUAAGGAUAGGAGAGAAAUGCAAGCUCGAAAACAAGCUAAAAAGAAGGGUAAACAAACUUCCUUAAACGCCCCGCCGUUAUAUCACACCUUUCCUCGUCCAUCAGAGGUGCUUAUGCCAGAAACGAAGAAUCCUGUGGAGAAAAUUGAAGUGGACCUGUCUCAGCUAUUUGUCGGGGCUACUUGUGAGGAGGGGCCAUCAGAAAAUGCAGAAUUUUUGCCAAUUACCGAAGGAGCUAUUCAUAAUUGGACUGCUGAUUACCUUCCCUCUCGAAGGGAAUUUCGAUGGCCACAAAUAAAAUUCUUUGACCCUUUGGAUGUCACUAUUUUGGAAUUCGAUGGCUGCAAUCUCGAUAUCUCUCAUGAAUUUGAAAUCAUGCAAUCUGAAAUUCAAAGCGAGAGUGAUACUGAGGAAGAAUUUGAGUCUAUUUCAAGGGAUUUAAAACAGUAUGAAGAGAAACCCAAGCCCAACUUAGAAGAAAUAGAAAUCAUCAAUAUUGGCACUAAGACGGAGGUUAAAGAAGUUAAAGUCAGCAUUCACUUGAAUAAGAAACAAAAGGAGGAAAUGAUUGAAUUCUUAAUGCUUUUUCAAGAUGUGUUUGCAUGGUCAUACGAUGAUAUGCCAGGGAUCUCUACAGACAUAGUGGUUCACAGGUUGCCAACUGAUCCAAAUUUUUUACCUCUAUCGAAUCCUGUGCCAGUGCCUAAGAAAUCUGGGGAGGUGCGAGUAUGUGUUGAUUACAGAGAUCUGAAUAAGGCCAGUCCGAAAGACGAUUUUUCUUUGUCAAACAUUCAUAUUCUUUUGGACAAUAUUGCUGGACACGAAAUUGAAUCUUUUGGUGAUUGUUUUGCUGGGUAUCAUCAAAUUUUAAUGGCAGAAGAAGACAGAGAAAAUCUCUUUUAUCACCCCAUGGGGAACCUUUUGUUAUAG